AUGGCCCGCAGCGGCAUCAAGGAGGACUUGGACUGCGGGAGGAUUCGAGCAUGGAGAGCGAAAUGGUGGACGACAGGGGGAGAAGAGGGAAGAGAGAAUGAGGUACCCAAAGAAAAUGUACUUUUAUUCUUCCCUUUCGGACUUGAACGAGGACAAGUCAAGUCAUGCCUCGCCAUGGCGGUUUCAGGUUUGGAGGAGGGAAUUAAUACGGGUUCAUCAUUCCCCUAUCGUGUUCGUAACUCGGCUCUCCCGCUUCAUUAUUCAAACCUUAUCACAGUUCAACUACGACAGCAGCUCCAAGCGGUGGUGGUGACGAUGGGCGGUUUUGGGGGUGGCUGCUCCCAGAUUGAAAAAUCAUUUCGGGCCCUGACUGGAGCCCUGCGUCUGGAGAGAGAUAUAUAUAUGAUGACCAUGCCAUGGCCGUGA